CCUGACUCUGUCUCAGGUAACUACGGGCUGUGGGAUCAGCACGCUGCCAUCUCCUGGGUCCGCAGGAACAUCGAGGCGUUUGGAGGUCACCCCGACAACAUCACUAUCUUUGGCCAAUCAGCCGGAGCCGCCAGUGUCAACUUCCAGAUGCUGUCCCCCUACAAUAAAGGGUUAUUCCGCAGAGCGAUUUCACAAUGUGGUGUGGCCCUCAGCCCCUGGGCCCUGCAGACCAACCCCAUGUCCCUCACCAGGAAGAUCGCCCGUAAGGUCGGCUGUCUGAGGAGCGAUGAGGACGAGAUGCUAACAUGUCUGAAGAUGAGCGACCCCGUUGGUCUCACCAUGGCGGGAAAAAUCGAUGUGAUGCUCAUUCUUGGAAAAGGUGUGGUUAUGGAUCUCCUUGAACUCGCUCCGGUGGUUGAUGGUGAUUUUAUCCCUGAUGAUCCGAGCCGUCUCUUCCAUAACGCUGCUCACUUUGAUUUCAUGGCCGGAGUUAACAGCAUGGACGGACACAUUUUUGCUGGAGUCGACGUUCCUUCAAUUAACAUGAAAAAUGGAAACACAACAAUGGAGGACGUGAGGGGUCUCCUCGCAGGUCUCACAAAAGAGAAGGGGAGCGCCGCCAUUGCCUCGGCCUAUGAGGUUUACUCCUCACACUGGGGGUCGUUUCCGGAGCAGGAGGUGGUGAAGAAGACAGUGGCAGACAUCGAAACCGAUUUCCUGUUCCUGGUCCCCACACAGAUUGCCCUCCAGCUGCAUGCCAAAAACUCCAGUGGAGCUCGUACCUACUCCUACCUGUUCAACAUGAAGACACGUAUCCCAGGAUUCCCUCGCUGGGUGGAGGCGGAGCAUGCAGAGGACCUGCAAUACCUAUUCGGUAAACCCUUCUCUACACCACUGGUCUACUUCCCUCGACACCGGGAACUGUCCAAGUACAUGAUCGCAUACUGGACCAACUUCGCCAAGACUGGUGAUCCCAGUAGAGGUGACAGUAAAGUCCCAGCUCCAUGGCCCCCUUUCUCCAUACAACACCGACCCUACUUGACCAUCAACCACCAGAUCAGCAAGUCCUCUGUCAGCUACGACCUGAGAUCAGAUUACGUCACCUACUGGACUCAAACCUACAGCAGCCUGCCAUCAGACAGGGGAGAAGAAGAAGAAGAAAACUGCCCUGACGUCAGAGUCUGAUUUGAAUCACAAAGGAAUUAUUUAUUAAUGUCUGAAUGAUAUUAAUAUAAUAAAAGUAGAACAUAUCAAUAGUGAAUCAUCAGUGAAAAUUGAAGUUGAAGAAAUUAAACAGUCACACUUUGUCUCUGAAUAAAAGAAG